AUGCAGGACUCAGUGGAGGCCGUGCCAGCGUCCUGCCAGCUCAUCAGGGAGAAUGUGGACAAAUGUCACAGAGACUUGAAGCCGGAGAACUUGCUCUUAGAUGAGAAAAACAACAUCCGGAUUGCAGACUUUGGUAUGGCCUCGCUACAAGUGGGUGACAGUCUCCUCGAAACCAGUUGUGGACUGGCAAAGAAGUCCUGGUUUGGGAAUUUCAUAGGUUUGGAAAAAGAGGAACAGAUCUUCGUGGUGAUCCGAGAUAAGCCCUUGAGCUCGGUCAAAGCCGACAUCGUCCACGCCUUUCUGUCUGGAGCAGGCAGAAUGGCAGAGGCGCACCAGGCCGUGGCGUUCCAGUUCACCGUCACUCCUGAGGGCAUCGACCUGCAGCUGUCCCACCAGGCGCUCUCUGAGAUCUACCGGUCCGGCCUCCGCUCGUGGAAGAAACGCAUCGUUAGACUCAAGAGUCGUAUCCCCGGCACUGUCAUUCCCCUGUGUGCCGCUCAGUGUGAGAGGAUAUUCAACACCACACGUACUCCAGGAGAAGAGACUGAUGUGCUGCAGCACUUGCAAGACAGUGACUACGUGGUGGUUUACCACAGGGGGCGCUACUUCCGGCUCAGGGUGUACCAGGCGGGCCGCCUUCUGUCACCCAGAGAGAUUGAGUUUCAGAUCCAGAGGAUCCUGGACGAUCCCACUCCUCCUUCUAAAGGAGAAGCUCACCUCGGCGCUCUGACGGCAGGAGACAGGUGGUUUGAUAAGUCGUUCUCUGUGGUUUACUAUAAAAAUGGAAAAUGUGGCAUAAAUGCAGAACAUUCUUGGGCAGAUGCACCUGUUCUGGCUCAUUUAUGGGAGGACGCCCAUAAAUAUGGCCAUCAGAUUAAAAAGGCACUGCAUGAUAUUCUCAACCUGCUCAGCGGUGCCCAAUCAGAGCCCAAGAGACCAGAAGCCAGACGACCAGAAGUCAAGAAAGACCAGUAA